UGUUAUGGAUGAAUGUGGAGCAGAAGGUGAGCGCCCGGGGAGCUUUUCGACUUAAACUCGUGUGCAGUAACACCAUUGAUGCUCCAUCGGAGGCUGUGAAGUCUGUGCGCUCAGCGAGGGAUCAAUUUUGGAGUCUCCAGCAGUGCGAUACAGCUGGACGCAAGACACACGAUCGGGAGGACUGCUUGCAUCAUUUUCUGAAAGUUUUGUUGCCCUUUUGAGCGUUUAAUUGUCACAGUGGGAUUUCCUCAUUUUAAAGUGUACUUGGAGCUGUGGUUUUGUGUUUUUUUUUUAAUAUGGGGGAAAGCGUGCGUCUCGGUAAGAUAUGUUUUCGCUCCGUGGAAGUUUAACCCAGCGCCUGCUCUCCUAAACUCCCAUCUUUGUUUUUUUUUAUUAUUAUUAUUAUUAUACUUGAACUGAGCACCGCUGCACGGGGUUAAAACGACGGAGGGAGAUGGCCAGCGAGCGGAAACCGCGGCUUUGUGUUAUGGCAAAAUCGGAGAACGGGUAUGGAUUUCACUUGCAUGGUGAGAAAGGGAAGAGCGGACAGUUCAUCCGCAAAGUGGAGCCCGGCUCUCCUGCAGAAGCGUCGGGGCUGCGCGCAGGGGACCGUGUGGUGGCAGUGAAUGGAGUUAACGUGGAGAAGGAGACACACCAUCAGGUGGUGCAGCGGAUCAAAGCUGUGGACAAUGAGACCAGGUUGCUGGUGGUGGACCACGAGACACAUGAAAGUCUACGCAGCCUCCGUCUCACAGCCACAGAAGAGAUGGCUGUUCUUGGGACAGGGCCUCCUUCUUCCUCCUCUCCCCCCGCCUCCCCCUCACCUCCCCCGUCAUCAGUACCAUCCACCCCCAGCAAAAAGCGAGAGAACGGCUCAGUGUCCAAGCAGCCGGUCGCUCUGAGCGGCCAGGUACAGAAGCCCACUAGGAGGUCACCGUCGAAGGCUGCGAAGAAGGAGGCUCUUGCCCAGGCUGAGGCCCAGGCCCAGGCCCAAAACCAGUCAAGGCCCCCGGUCGACCCAUCUGAGCUCAUUCCACGUCUGUGCCACCUUAUAAGGUCUGACACGGGCUACGGCUUCAACCUCCACAGUGAUCGAUCCCGGCCCGGACAGUACAUCCGCUCCCUGGACCCUGGAUCACCUGCAGACCACGCGGGCCUCCGGCCACAAGACAGACUGAUUGAGGUGAACGGUGUGAACAUCGAGGGCAUGCGGCACGCAGAGGUGGUGGCUUUCAUCAAGAAAGGGGGAGAUGAGACCUGGCUGUUGGUGGUGGACCCAGACACAGACGAAAACUUCAAGAGGAGGGGGGUCGUCCCCACAGUCAGCCAUCUCAGAGACUACGAUGGUCCGUCCAUUUCCAACGGCUCCCCGAACCCUCAGAUCAACGGCAGCUCCACCACACAGUCCAUCAGGUCCACACACUCCGACCUCAGCAGCCAGGGCAACAGCACACAGCUGGCGGAUGACGACGGCGGCCGGCUGAUGGACCCCUUCGCUGAGAUGGGCCUGAGUCUGAGCGCUACGGCGGCAGAAGAAAAGCUGAAGGUCCACGCCAAAGAAAAGAAGAAGGCGCCGCAGAUGGACUGGAUGAAGAAAUACGAGCUGUUCAGCAACUUUUGAGACUUUUCGCUCCAAUGACACAAUAAACACCAGAGAUACGAGCUCUCCGCAGCUCUCUCCCUCAUACAACAAAAGAUAUUUUGUUCCAACGUGACGAAAGGAAAAGGUUGUGCGAUGGGUUUCACUUUUUUAAACCACUUCAGAGACUCUUUAACACCUACUUAUCCCUCUUCAAAAUAAAGUGCUGGCUGACUGCAAAAACUGUGUACACUUUGCUAAAAUCACACUGUUCAGAAGGAGGAGCAUCUUAAAAAGCUCCACAUACAUGGACUUCUAUCAGACGGGGGAACAUUUUCACAGUUUUGCCUGAAUCCCUGUCACUUUUUCUCUACUUUAAUCAUCCCAUUCUCCCAGAGACUCAAACAAAUGAGGGAGACAGUUAUUUUUAUAUUUAAAAAAAAAAAAUUAUAAACAACUAUUAAAAAAAAAAAAAAAACAGUAUCCCAUCAUCAUGGACUGCAUUUUAGAGAGUUUUAUGGACACUGUGACAUUAAUGAUUGUGGACGCUGUGGGAGUUUUGGCCCAUCGGUCAGAGGAAGCCCAAAGAUGGCAGAAGAUCACUGUGAAAGAGUCGAGACCCUCCACCUCCAGCCCACACACACUUUUGAUAAUAAUCUCUGACAAAAAAAGGAUGGCGGUGUGUGCUGGUUGUGUUUAAUGUUUCCUACAUUUAUUUUUUACCUAGAGUUAAUUAACCCUUUGAAACCUGGAGCAAAGUCACUUUUUUUUUUCUUUUAGAUG